CCACAACUAAAAUGGCUACCGCACUGCUUGCGUCAUCGACAGAGCGACGGGAGAACGUUGGGCUGCGCCUAAUGAUGACGACAAAACUCGAGGCGUACGCUGGUUGCCAUGGAGACGAAACGCUUCUUUGAUACUAGCUACAAGGAGUGACAGUACUGGUAAUGACGCAUUGAUAUCAGCGCCCUGUAUAUCUCACCUAGUAGUCUGAGACGUUGGAAGCUGCUAUUUGAUAGAACAUGCCUUUGAAGGUUGUAGUGGAGCUUCAGAUCCAUGCAGUUACAUGUCCUGGAGUUUUCUUGCCGGAUAAAGAUGACGUAUUUCUCAAUGUUAGUAUUUUGGGCCAGUCUAAGGAGACGAGAAGCCUUCCUGCUGUGUUCCCUCUUUUGUUUCAUGAGAAAAUGAGGUUUGAGAAGGUUUUUCAAAAGGCAUUGGAUCCAGCAGCAGUAGUAGAAUCACUAGAAAAGCGCACUGCAGGUUUUGAAUUAAUACAGCUUAAUCAAUUAGGGGACGAUGUUCUGGCCACUUACAAGGAGAACCAUCGAGACUUCUUUUUUCCUGAACCUAAGCUGACUCCUCCAUACCCUGGAGUAGACCGAGAAGUGUUAAUGAAAACUGUACCUGGCUUCCCAGGAAUUGCACCUAAAAUUGAGUUUUCCACUAUAACGACUAUCAAAGAAACACCAAAUGGUCCCCAGAAGCAACUUGAUUCCAUGAAGACAAAAUCCCGAAGGUCUUUGCAGAACUCUCCCAAUAGACGGUCAAAAAGUCCAUCAAAAGGUUCCUCCAGUCCAGAGAAAUGCUACAGCAGCCCUACUAGAUCAUCACAGUCCCACUCUCCUUCACCAUAUACACGAAGGCGAAUGUGUGAACUAAACAAAGACAGUCAGCAGCGCCUCGCUGAUUUACACCUGGGGAAUAAUGAAUUCAAGUCUGACGCUGAGUCAAGGCCUCCGUUUAUAGUAAAACAUAUUGAUCAUUCUAAGCCUGUAGGUGAGAAGACAUCUUCACAGCUUUGGUCUCCUAAGAGCAAGCGUUGUCCAGCUAGUAAGAAUUCUCUAAGAAGAGAAUUAUUAUUUGACAACCUGCACAGUGAUACAUCUAUCGGAAAAGACUGGUUGGACAUAGAUGACCUUGACUCAGAAUCAACUUUGGAUGCCCCUCUCGCGUACAGUGCCUAUUCCCAGCAAGAUUUAUGCACCAGUCCAGUUCUCAGGGGAUCUCUAAGGGAAAGGCUGAGAUCUGAAAAUAACACUUGGGAAUCAAUACACAAUCGAGUGCGAAAUCUGCUAUCCACCCAUAGUGCCAAGCAAAGACUAUCCUUAGAUCUAUCAAAGAGUGAAGUGGAUCGUAUUCUUGAGAGAUCAUCUAGGAGAUCACCGAACAGCAGUUUGGAAGAGAAACUGUUUUAAUGAAUACUAAACAAAUUACUCAAGACCAAGAAAUCCUCAAAUCCUUGUACUGAAAAUAUGUAAUCUGCAGAGUGUAAAGCAGUGUGUCCAAAAUUACAUUAUAUAAUUAUUUAUUCUCUGCGUGUCACAUUUGUAUUUUUUUUUUAUACAUUUUAAUACUAAUGUUUUAUACAUCACAAACAAUGAUGAAUGAAAAUAAAGAAUACUAUA